AUGACGCUGGUUUGCUGAGCCUCGGCGGCCAUCUUCUACAGCAGAAAUUUCUGUGUAACGACUAUAAGGAAGAGAAAGGGAAACGGUUUGACGUUAUUUUGAGAAGACAUAACGAAAAACCAAAUGUUCGGAAGGACUGUUUCGUAAUAAGUGGUUGGUUUAGUUUGAUAGGAGUCGAAUUUAAGUUCAAAUAGACGGAAAGAUGUCGGACGACGCGGCGAGGGAAGAUGCUUGCAGAGAGUAUCUGUCGUCCCUGGAAGAUUUGACUUUCAACAGCAAACCUCACAUCAACAUGCUGACCAUUCUUGCCGAGGAGAACCUGCACUUCGCCAAGGAUAUCGUCGCAAUAAUUGAAGCACAAAUCGCCAAGGCACCUCCAGCAGAGAAGCUUCCAGUUUUGUACUUAGUGGAUUCCAUAGUGAAGAAUGUUGGGGGCGAAUAUCUUGACGUUUUCGCUAAAAACCUAGUCUCUUCGUUUAUUUGUGUUUUUGAAAAGGUUGAUGAGAACACUAGAAAAAGUCUAUUCAAAUUGCGAUCCACCUGGGAUGAGAUUUUUCAGUUGAAGAAACUUUAUGCGUUAGAUGUCAAAGUGAAUUCUGUAGAUCCUGCAUGGCCAAUCAAACCACUGCCGCCAAAUGUGAAUGCCAGCAUCCAUGUGAACCCCAAAUUUUUAAAACAAACUGAGGAAGUAACAGCUCCAAGAGCCAAAACCCCACAACCUCUGAGCCACCCAGUGGUGAGUGAGAAGAAUUUGACCCAGGAGCAAGUAAUAAGGCAGCAGUUGCUUGCAAAGCAAAAGCAAUUGCUUGAGCUACAGCAGAAGAAGAUAGAGCUAGAACUUGAACAAACAAAAGCUCAACUGGCUGCUAAUCAGUUGGUUUCUACAACCAAUCCAUCCGUUAUUCCUGCAAACCAACCUAGUAUUGGGGUGAAAGUCAGUCCACUGACCACUACACAACCAAUUAAACCCUAUCUACCACCACCCUCUGACACCAAGGUUCCCACAAGAGACCCCCGCUUGAUCAGAGGAAGUCAGGCCACUGGCUUUGUGAAGGAGCAAGUGCCAAAUAAAAAGGACAGUCGUGGAUUUGGAACUGCCGCACACCCGUCAGAUAAGAAAGCAAAUUUAUCAACUGACAAGCAAAAUAAACUAGAAAAGACAAAAAUCCCUAAAAAGGAAUUUUUAUCUGAGGAAAAGCCUAAAUCAAAAUCUCCUUCCCCUUCGACAAAAGGGGUUCAAGGAAAAAAUAAAACCCCUGAACUUGAAAAUGUUAAAGCGACAGAGGUCAACAAGAGGGACCCGAGGUUACGAAAACAUCUCCAUGAUAAGACUGAUGUGAAAGAGGAAGAUGUUAAAGAAAAGAAAAGGGGUUCUGACAAAAAAGAGAGGGAUGACUCCACCAAAGCCUUGGAGCACAGAUCAUUAGGCACCAGAAGUAAACUUGCAAAUGGUUCGGUUAACAAGCAUGAACCUCUGGAGAAACUGGACUCCAAACCAACUAAAGGCAAUGCAAGGAAAAGAUCUCGCUCAAGGUCUCGUUCACCUGUGCUGCACUCUCCGAAAAGGAAAGACAGACGGUCUCCAAAGAGGAGAACCAGAAGCAUUUCUUCAUCUCCUCCAAAGUUUGGGAAGGGAAGGCAAGCCGUAGGCAAACACGCACACACAGAAGACUUUCCACAGCAUGGUAAUAUAAGGGAAGAAAGAAGCACUCCCAAAAAGAGCACAAGCGAACCAAGGAGGACCAAACGGUCACUGGAGGAAAGGCCUGUUGAAGCAAGAGAAUCUCAUUCACCGAGAUUACCUUUAGAAACUAAAGAAAAUGCCAAGAGGUGGCGAAGUGGAUGGGAGGAAAACAAACGCCUGAAACAGCCUGAAGAGAGCCUUCCACAUGGAAAAUCAGGACAAAGACACAAAGCAUCUUGGUCAAGCAGUCCGAGAGUUACCACACCUCGCACACCAAAACAGCAUCGCCUCAGCGUCGAUGCCAACCUGCAAAUACCAGAAGUGCUUAACUCUGCAAGUAAACAUGACCUUCUGAAAAAGGCUAGCAAAAGACUUGCUGAUGGUGAAAUAUCCCACGAUGACUUCCUUGGUGUGGCCCAUCAAAUCAAGCAGCUUUUUCAGUACCAAGAGGAAAAGCAAAGAUCUGACUCUUGGGAAGGAAGUGAAGACGGACAGCCUGUGAGCAAAAAGAAGCCCUUGCUGGCCACACCCCCAUCGCAGCAGGGGAAUCUGUCCGAUGCUGAAAUUACUUACUAUGAGCAUAAAGCUAAGUUGAGAAGAACCCAGGUCCAGCGUCAAGGUAAUGAUGUUUGGGAUGCAGACGACAGCUUCUCGAGUGAGGAGGCGGUUGUGAGAGAAAUUGAGUUCCCCAAAGGACACCCCGGAACAAGGACUGGGGAUAGCCACUUUAGAAAACAUGAUGAGGGUACUGAAGGACCUGUGUGUACCUCCCCUAUAAAGAGUAACAGGCCAGAAGGACCUAAGCGUUCCCAAGAAAAUAAAGUCAUGUUUGAAGAGCAUGCUACUUUAGAUGUUAAUAAAGAUUUGCCUAGUAAUAAAAGGGGAGUUCUCAGGCUGAAAGGACAGCCUGGACAGGAUUACAGGAAGAGAGGUGAUCCUCGUGAAUAUAGUGAUGAAAGACUAAAGGUUAAGAUGGAAGGUGGAAGAGAUAAUCACUCGCCAUACAGUGAGAGACUGCAACUUCAGAGGCCACCACAUGAGGAAACUGAUCAAGGAAAAAGUAGCUUGGAAUCACAGAAGAGAUAUGGAGGAGUAAAUGAAGCCAUAAAGCUUGAAGAUUCUGCAAACCAGCCAUGUUCAAGGCACGAUGAGCUUAGAAAAAAUGAUAGACCUUCAAAUUCUGGUCUGUUGUACAAAAACUCCCCAAGUCCUGUCAAUUUUGAGAGCCUUGCUGGAAAAUCACCUGUAAGAGGCUUUGACAGUUCAUCCUGCUUAGAUGUAGAUAGCCACCCAAUGACUGUACGGGAACCCAGCCCUAGUCAGAGAUUUGACAUUCCCUCCAGCUGUGAGCAUCCCAUUACGGGAUCUGAGGGUGAUGUUCCACUAAGUGUGGAGGUCCCUCCUAGACAUGAUAUUCCAUCAGGACCAGGCAGAAGUGGACAGCCAAGCCAGAUGCUGUGUGAAGCUUCCGGACAGACACCGCCUCAUUCUUCAGAAGGUCCCCUUUCACAGUCUGGCUUAUCACGAUAUGAUGGUGGAAAACACCCACAGAGGUUUGAUGGGCCUCAAGGUCCAAAGCCUAUGAUUUUUGAUGGCCCGAGUCAUAUGGGCCAGCCGAGGAUGGACGGACCGUCAAGAUCUCAUGUACCAGGCAGGUUUGAUGUGAAUCCCGGACCAGGACGAUUUGAUGGACCGUCUGGGCCUCAUAACACUUCAAGGUUUGAUGGACAACAUACGCCGGGCCAAAGUAGAUUUGAUGGGCCUCAAGGGCCUGGAAGAUUCAAUGGCCCACAUUUACAUAAGGGUCCAGAGAGGUUUGAUGGUCCUAGUAGAUAUGACAGUCCAUCUAUGCAACCUGGUCCUACAAGAUUCAGUGAACCACAGGGUCUUGGAAGAUUUGAUGGAUCACACAUUCAACAAGGUACAAGCAGAUUUGAUGGACCAGCCGGACAGCAGCCUCCAGGCAGGUUUGACAGCCAAGGUCCAAUCCGAUUUGAUGGGUCGCAGAUGCAGCCUAAUAGAUUUGAAGGGCCAUUGAGAUAUGAUAAUCCCCAAAUGCCACAAGGUCUUGCAAGAUUUGAAACGCCAGUGCGGUUUGGUGGCCCACAGGUUCAAGGACAAGGGCCUGUUCGAUACGAUGGGCCUCAACCUGGACCAGUGAGGUUUGAUGCGUCUAUUAAUCAGCCUGGUACUAUGCGAUUUGAAAACUCUCAAGGACAACUGGGACCUAUGAGAUUUGAUGGGCAAGGUAUGUCACGAUUUGACUGUCCACCCGGUCAGCAACCACCUCCCAGGUUCUGUGGCCCACAAAGUUUGCAAAACCAAAUGCGACCACAAGGCCCGCCUAUGUUUGAGACACCACAGGGUCCGGGACCUCUGACUAAUCCUGUCAGCCAGCAGCCAGCAAAUUUCAACAUGCCCAAUCACAGGUUUUCUGAACCAUUAAACAUGUUCAGCAGUGCACCACAGCCUUUUCAAGGACAACAAAAUAUGUCUCAAGGAGCAAAUUUCAGUGUCUCAGCUGUUCCUGGACCUUCUGCUUUCUCUAAUACAUAUGUCAGGCCUGUUGAAUCUUUUUACAACCCUGGUGCUCCGGUUGUCUCUGUUGGAAGUUUGAAUCCUUCACUUCCGGUGGGAAAUGUUCCUCAGCCUAUUAAUAUGCUGUCUGGUCUUGGAAAAACGCAAUUGUCAGCUCCUUACAGCCAAGGACAGCCCUUCAUACCAACACAGAACACUGUGCCUUUCAACCAAGCAGGUCCACAAGAAAGUCAUUUUGGACAGGUUGAUGUUAACGACCUGUUAUCAAAGCUGAUCUCUACAGGAAUAAUAAAACCACCCCAGACAGACACAGCUCCAAACGAGUCAACUGCACCCACUCCAGUGCAGCCACCAGCUGAAGAGGAGGAGGAAGAGGAGCAAGAAGAUGAUCAUGAUAUCCCUGAUCUCACUGGCUUUGUUAUUGAAGACAUGAAACAGAGAUAUGAGAGUGUUAUCACUAAACUGUACACUGGAAUACAGUGUUACUCUUGUGGGAUGCGUUUCACUGCUUCACAAACGGAUGUAUACGCUGAUCACUUGGAUUGGCAUUAUAGACAAAACAGAUCAGAGAAGGACAUCAGCAAAAAGGUCACGCACAGAAGGUGGUACUACAGCCUUACGGACUGGAUUGAAUUUGAGGAAAUUGCUGACCUUGAGGAGAGGGCAAAGAGUCAGUUUUUUGAGAAAGUCCACGAGGAGGUGGUGCAGAAAACUCAGGAAGCUGCGAAAGAGAAAGAAUUCCAAAGUGUCAAAGCAGCUCCAGCUGUUGUCGCUGAGUCCUGUGAAAUCUGUCAGGAGCAGUUUGAGAUGUACUGGGAAGAGGAGGAGGAAGAGUGGCACCUGAAAAAUGCAAUCCGUGUUGAAGGGAAGACAUAUCACCCGUCGUGUUACGAGGACUACAAAAAUACGUCUUCAUUCGUGGACUGCACUCCGUCCCCCAGCAAAGCUCCUGUGGAAAACCCUUUAAAUUUGUUUAUCAAACAAGAGAAUGAUGACCAGUCCACCUGUUCCAGUAUUAAACAAGAGACAGACACGCAGAGCGGCUCUGCCGAAGAAAACAUAGAAGAUAAAGUUCAGGUUCAUUCAGAGGCUGAAAAACAAGUCAGUGCAAUUAUUUUUUAAAAAAGGAUGCUGCUUUUUCUCUCCCCCACUUUUUUUAUUGGUGAGACAGUACUGUAAUUUCAUUUUGUAAAGAAGAGAGAUAUUUUUUAUAUUGAUAAGCUCUGAGGCCGGGCCCUCAGCUAUGCAUACAUUAAAUACAUUUUUGUAUUUGGUAUUGCCUGUGAAAUUCAGGUGUUUUUGCUGUGUGAAUGCUCCUUGAAAAUGUACCUUGGGAAAAAAUGUAUGUAUAAAAUUUAAUUUAUAUAAAUAAAGCUAUUUUUGCUAUUCUUUGUGUAAUGCUGGUAAAGGGUAUUCUACUAGCAUCCCUGAUGCAAGCAUUGUUUUCCUGACAGAAAAUAUUUGUAAAAAAUUGCAUUUGGGUUUUUUUCAAGAAGGCUUAAGGUUGGGCUAACUAAUAGGACAAAACAUAUAAAAAUGAAUAGCAUUUAUUUUCUGUUAUACGACUUGAGAGGAAGAUUUUUCUUUUUGGGUAGCGGUGUACAAAAGGUAAGGUGUGACCUAAACAUUUUUUUUUUAAAUAAAAUUUGAAGUGUAAAUAAUACAGAUUCUUUAACAAGUUGGGUCUCCCUGAGUUUUUUGGAUUCCUCUGCGGUACAGGUUUUUAUAAUUGCGGUGUGUUCAUUUAAAUUCUAAACAUUUUCAGGGUUGUUUUUUUUUUCCUCCUUCCAGAGGGUUGAUGAAAAAAAGCAGAUCUGCUUGAUAAUACUGGAUUCAAUAAAAUAUAUAUAAAAAUUAGUUUGACUCUGUGUGAAAUGUAAUGUGGUGUGUUUUUUCUGGCCCCGUACAUGCUCCGCUCGUUUUUCCAUUGAUUUGAUUUUGUCUUAAUGGUUCUAAUGAUAAAUAAAAAAAAUAACAUUUAAACUU